AUGGCGGUAGGAAAGAUUUUCAGCGAUGGGGCAGGUGCCAAUAGGUGGGCGCACAUCUACGUUGAGAAGGAAAUACAUAGUAGGGUAAAUGACCUUUUGAAUCGCAUAGUGUAUGGUAGAAACAGGGGAGGAGUAUGUCUCCAGGGGGGGAGAAAGUCUCAUUGUACAGAUGGGGUCCGCACCCACGAUGACCCAAAUGACAAAGCCACCUCCAAAUGGAAAAGCUACGAUAAGAUAGCAGUGGAUUUGUUAAAGGAAUAUAUCCGGGCAUUUCAUAGGGAAAAAAAAAAUGGUCGCUUGGUGGUUUGCAAGGGAGAACCAUCCAAUGGGGAGAAAAAGGCGGAAGGGAAAGAAAAAAAAGUAAGCAACACAAAUGAGUGUGCGAAUGGUAGAAGCGUUAAUAAACAUGGAGACCUUCCCAUGGUCCAGCUAAUCAAACAUACGGACAGAUUAAUUUUAAAAAAAAAACAGCCAAGUAAGAACCUCCCAGAUGAUUCAAACAGCAGAAUGAACACAACUGUCCAUUUGAACCACCUGCAAUACAUAUGGCUCAAACAUACGAUGAUUAUAUUUAAGCUGCUAAUUGAAAGCAACCUGAGGGUAGAGGAGAAAAGAAAAAGUGAGAUGACCACCACAGUGCUGGCUCUACUGAAAAGGACACUAAGGGGUAUGCCUCGGGGUUGUCCAGAGGAUGGAAGUACCAGAGUGGAUACCCUCCUUCAUUGGGCAUACCUUCUGUCGAAGGUGAACAUGGUGGAUAAGGAGCUCAUCAUACAGAUGUGUCAUUUUUUUCAAAACGGGGUGAAGACACUCAGUUCGUUAAACAAGUUCUACCUCCUCAGUUGCAUGACCAAUUUUCAUUCUUUGUCAAAGAAGUUUCUACGAGUAGGAAAUUACCUUCAGGGAUAUUUUUAUAAUUUGUUGAGGAUGGAGCUGGGGGGGCACGCAAAGGAGGGGAGCAAACCGACAUACGCAUCAACACCAUCUUUUUACCGGACGGAUGAAUCAACCACUACAGUAACUGCCCACUCAACUUUCUGCACCAGCGAACUGUGCCAAGUCCUAUUCAAGCAGAAGAAACACCUGACCCAUUUAGACAGGACCAUUUUGAAAAACGUGCUAAACGGGGAAGUGACGAACUAUGGGAAAGUAACUCCCCCCUUCUUUAAAUUCAUCGUGAAGUUAGGCGACAGGGAAUUGCAACAGUUUUUAUUUGACCGCAUAAUUGAGCACGUGGAGUUGUAUGAGCAGACGGAGCUGAACAACGUGUUGGGUAGCUUCCUCAAAAGGGAGGGACUACGAAAGAAAUCACAGGGGAAGUUAGCGAAGGGGGAGAUACAUCAGGCAACGGACCAGGAUGAAGAAUUUUCCACUCUGGUGCACAUUUUACUCGAAGCGGAUUUGCAUAAUAUGAACCUGAAGCAUGUGUCCUACUUAUACGUGUAUAUAAAUAGACUGCUGAAGAAGGAGUUAAGGAGGAUCACGUGGUGGCGUAGUGGAAAGGCUAUGCAGGAGGGGGAAUGUGUGGGCCAAGCGAGUUACACCCAAAGUGGAAGCACAAAAAGGGAAGAUGAAGUUGACACCAAUCCUCCCCAACCGUUUGAGCAAAUCUGCGAGGGGCAGGAUUUUCAUGAGGUGGACCUGCACGAUGGAAACCCGCAUAGGGGGAAUAUUUCCCUCAUGAACCAAGUGAACGAGAAAAUUAUUCUCACUUUAGAAAAAAAAAUGUACUACAUAAAAAUGAACAACCUAGUCACCCUCAUGUAUAACACGUGUCCAAUCAUCUCCCCCAAGCAAAUUUCCUUUUUAGAAGUUUGUUUUGCUCACUUGGUGGAGGAAAAAUACGUAACGUUUAAUUUGGCAAAGAUGUACCGUUCGCUGUAUAAUCGUUUUGUGCAUAGCGGUAUGUGUAAGUCCCCAAAGUGGGAAAUCGGUAUAAACGGGGAAAAGUGCUUGAACCAGUCAAGUAUCUCCAAUGGGGAAAAUGCAAACUGGAUACAUGCAGCUGCGCCACAGUAUGGAGAAAAAAUGGAGAAGAUUUUCAGCUACUUGAAGGAAAGGUAUUACCUAAAGAGGGAACAAGAUUUGGGGGACAUCAGUACGUGCACCAUCCUGUUAAACCUUUGCCAGAAAUUUUUACAAGAUAUGCUAGUUUACUCCUUCCACAGGUUGCAGUGGUGGGGGUAUCUUAGGUGUAGUGGCGCUGCGGCGGUGCUCGACCUUGUGCAGCACAUUUACACACACCUGCACUUUGUGAUUGUGAGUACCCGUUGGGGGGUAGAAGAAAAGGGAGUCAAAGAUGACUGUUAUGAAGAUGGUUAUGACGAUGAAGAGGAGCAUCGCCCCCUCCGCCGCAACCAGUUCGAGCUUGCGCUGCUAUACGGGCGUAACAUCGUGAGUCACAUGGGCGCAUACGUGGACUCCGUGGAGAGUGCCUCUCGGUUCUGGGGCAGCAGUGAGGACUGCGUAACAGUUGGUCAUUUCAACAGUUCUUCGCAUGUGCUUAACGAAAUGAACAACUCAGGUGGGAAAAAUAUGCCCAGGGGAACUACCCCCAAUGGAGUUGCUCAGUACAGUGAUCAGGAUUUACCGAAUGAUCCAAUCGACGUACAAAAUGUUCGUCACCUCAUGCACUACGUGAAUUAUGUGUGUUUUUGUAUUCGUGAACGAAUGGAAAAAGUUGAAGGAGAGAAAACAUGGGGAAAGUCCAAACCAGAGCGGCCACACCGUUUCAUCACCAACGCGUUCACAAAAUAG